AUGACUUCCAUUACUGCCUAUCUCGAUCGUCAGCACGAGCUGUUCGGGCGAAUUGCUCGCACCGUCGAGAAUCUCAAGCGUAGCGGCAAGGAGAAUAUCAGCCGCCAUGCGAUCGACACGCGUCUGCAUCUCCUUGAAGGACAUUGGGAGAAAUUCGUCUCCGCUCACGACACGAUACUGGCUGCUGUGACGAGCGAACAGAAGAAGCAGUCGUACUUUACGGAGGAUCUCUACUCGCAGUGCGAGGAACAGUUCUGCCUCGCUCGAACCGAGCUCCUGCAGAUGAAGGACGAAUUCCCGGCUGCAUCAACUGCGCUCAGCGUUGCAGCAACCACACCGACACCGCGCAGCACCCGCACGCUGCCGAAGUUUUCAGGCGACUACCAUGAGUGGAGGACGUUCCACGACCUCUUCUCUUCCAUGGUCAUCGACAACUCGGACAUCUCCGCCGUCGAACGUCUUCAUUACCUGAAGAGUCACGUUACCGGGGAGGCUUCGCGAUUGCUCGCGAACAUUGCCGUAACUGCCGAGAAUUUCACAACAGAUUGGGACGCUCUUCUUGCACGCUACGACAAUAAACGCAUGCUGCUUGCCUCCUGCUUUGAUCGCCUCACCGAGCUCAAGAAGAUGUCCACGAAAUCAGCGGAGGGACUGAAGUCUCUGCUCGCAACGACCUGCGAGGUGAUAGGUAAUCUCGACGCGCUCUCGAUUUCGCAGGAGGACGCGUGGAACAUGUUCCUCGCCUACUUCGUAGCGCGCCGCCUUGAUCACGACACUCUAGAAGCAUGGGAGCUUCAACUCGGCAACGCUACCGAACCAGCCUUGUUUCCGGAGCUCCAGACGUUCCUUGACGGAUGUAUUCGCGCCCUGGAACUCGUCGGAGCGCCUUCGUCGUCGAACUCCAAGCCUGAAGCAGCCAAGUCGCCCGCCUCCAAGGGGAAGACCUCAGUACGCGCAAACGCCGCCACAACGAAAGCGAAUCGGUGCUCUCUCUGCAGCGCAUCGCACUACAUCGGAUCCUGCCCGGACUUCGCGAAGAAGUCGCUGGAGGACCGACGUGAGUUCGUCAAAACGAAGCGCCUCUGCUUCAAUUGCCUAGGCGAACACCUCAUCGCCGAUUGCCGUACAGUAAAGUGCUGUCGGACGUGUGGAGAACGGCAUCACACUCUCAUCCAUUCAGCAACUUCAUCGCCUGCAGUGGCUACGCAGCCACCCUCGCACGUUGGUCAACUCCGACCGACCAACGCCUCGCAAUCUUCGGUUCCGCAGCCCGCCGCACCGGCGGCGGGCUCGGCUCUCUCGCAUUCAGCAACUCUCGCGCCGGAAGUGCACCGGCCGACGACGCUUCUGGCUACCGCGCGUGUUCGCGUCGCUGCCGAUUGGUGA